CACACUUCCCCCAGACAGUGCACCCUGCUCCAUACGUGGGUUUUGUGGAAAUAAUUUAAAACUUAUAGUUGCAGAUCAUUGCUAGGUUUCCUCUUACAGUAUUUCUCUUCUGUUUCAAGAAUCGUUUCUUAACACUUACAUCACAUACGUUCAAUGACAACAUCAUUCUGGACAUCUGCUCCUGUCUUGUGAUCUCUGUUCUAAUCUAAUGAUCAGAAGACUUCUCUUAUUUUCGUUAAAUACCCCCAAGUCUCUGAAUUCCAGUACAGGAGAAAUCAAUGGUUCUGCCAAUUAUGAGAUGUUUAUAUUUCACAACGGAGGUGUACAAAUUUUAUGCAAAUAUCCUGACAUUGUCCAGCAAUUUAAAAUGCAGUUGCUGAAAGGGGGGCAAAUACUCUGCGAUCUCACUAAGACAAAAGGAAGUGGAAACACAGUGUCCAUUAAGAGUCUGAAAUUCUGCCAUUCUCAGUUAUCCAACAACAGUGUCUCUUUUUUUCUAUACAACUUGGACCGUUCUCAUGCCAACUAUUACUUCUGCAACCUAUCAAUUUUUGAUCCUCCUCCUUUUAAAGUAACUCUUACGGGAGGAUAUUUGCAUAUUUAUGAAUCACAACUUUGUUGCCAACUGAAGUUCUGGUUACCCAUAGGAUGUGCAGCCUUUGUUGUAGUCUGCAUUUUGGGAUGCAUACUUAUUUGUUGGCUUACAAAAAAGAAGUAUUCAUCCAGUGUGCAUGACCCUAACGGUGAAUACAUGUUCAUGAGAGCAGUGAACACAGCCAAAAAAUCUAGACUCACAGAUGUGACCCUAUAAUCUGGAACUCUGGCACCCAGGCAUGAAGCAAGUUGGCCAGUUUUCCACAACUUGAAGUGCAAGAUUCUCUUAUUUCCUGGACCGUGGAGAGUCUGACUUAACUACAUACAUCUUCUGCUGGUGUUUUGUUCAAUCUGGAAGAAUGACUGUAUCAGUCAAUGGGGAUUUUAACAGACUGCCUUGGUAUUGCCGAGUCCUCUCAAAACAAACACCCUCUUGCAACCAGCUUUGGAGAAAGCCCAGCUCCUGUGUGCUCACUGGGAGUGGAAUCCCUGUCUCCACAUCUGCUCCUAGCAGUGCAUCAGCCAGUAAAACAAACACAUUUACAAAAAAAAUGUUUUAAAGAUGCCAGGGGUACUGAAUCUGCAAAGCAAAUGAGCAGCCAAAGACCAGCAUCUGUCCGCAUUUCACUAUCAUACUACCUCUUCUUUCUGUAGGGAUGAGAAUUCCUCUUUUAAUCAGUCAAGGGAGAUGCUUCAAAGCUGGAGCUAUUUUAUUUCUGAGAUGUUGAUGUGAACUGUACACUAGUACAUACUCAGUACUCUCCUUCAAUUGCUGAACCCCAGUUGACCAUUUUACCAAGACUUUAGAUGCUUUCUUGUGCCCUCAAUUUUCUUUUUAAAAAUACUUCUACAUGACUGCUUGACAGCCCAACAGCCACUCUCGAUAGAGAGCUAUGUCUUACAUUCUUUCCUCUGCUGCUCAAUAGUUUUAUAUAUCUAUGCAUACAUAUAUACACACAUAUGUAUAUAAAAUUCAUAAUGAAUAUAUUUGCCUAUAUUCUCCCUACAAGAAUAUUUUUGCUCCAGAAAGACAUGUUCUUUUCUCAAAUUCAGUUAAAAUGGUUUACUUUGUUCAUGUUAGUGGUAGGAAACAUUGCCCGGAAUUGAAAGCAAAUUUAUUUUAUUAUCCUAUUUUCUACCAUUAUCUAUGUUUUCAUGGUGCUAUUAAUUACAAGUUUAGCUCUUUUUGUAGAUCAUAUUAAAAUUGCAAACAAAAUCAUCUUUAAUGGGCAAGCAUUCUCAUGGGGUAGAGCAGAAUAUUCAUUUAGCCUGAAAGCUGCAGUUACUAUAGGUUGCUGUCAGACUAUACCCAUGGUGCCUCUGGGUUUGACAGGUCAAAAUGGUCCCCAUCAGCCUGGAGCAGCCCUCCAGACCUGGGUGGAAUUCCAGGGUUGAGAGACUCCCCUGAGCCAGGGGCCACUAGGUAUUCUUGCUCCCCGAGGCUGAAGUCACCCUGGGAAUCACAGUGGUCUACCUGCAUUCAUAAUUCCGGGAUCUGUGAAGAGCACAUAUGUGUCAGGGCACAAUUCCCUCUCAUAAAAACCACACAGCCUGGAAAUUGGCCCUGGCCCUUCAAGAUAGCCUUCUUUAGAAUAUGAUUUGGCUAGAAAGAUUCUUAAAUAUAUGGAAUGUGAUUAUUCUUAGCUGGAAUAUUUUCUCUACUUCCUGUCUGCAUGCCCAAGGCUUCUGAAGCAGCCAAUGUCGAUGCAACAACAUUUGUAACUUUAGGUAAACUGGGAUUAUGUUGUAGUUUAACAUUUUGUAACUGCGUGCUUAUAGUUUACAAGUGAGACCCGAUGUGUCAUUAUGCAUACUUAUAUUAUCUUAAGCAUGUGUAAUGCUGGAUGUGUACAGUACAGUACUGAACUUGUAAUUUGAAUCUAGUAUGGUGUUCUGUUUUCAGCUGACUUGGACAACCUGGCUGGCUUUGCACAGGUGUUCCCUGAGUUGUUUGCAGGUUUCUGUGUGUGGGGUGGGGUAUGGGGAGGAGAACCUUCAUGGUGGCCCACCUGGCCUGGUUGUCCAAGCUGUGCCUCGACACAUCCUCAUCCCCAGCAUGGGACACCUCAAGAUGAAUUAUUAAAGGACAAAAUUUCUGUGAAAUCAAAUCCAGUUUUAAGAGGAGCCACUUAUCAAAGAGAUUUUAGCAGUAGUAAGAAGGCAAAGAAUAAACAUUUGAUAUUCAGCAACUGAAAA